AUGGAAAAAGAUAAAAUCAUUCAGGAAAGGCUGAAAGCUGCUCAGAGUCGCCAGAAAUCUUAUGCGGACAUUCGUCGAAGAAAAUUGGAAUUCAAAGUAGAUGAUUGGAUGUUCUUGAAGAAAGUGGUUGGAGACCCAUCCACCAUCGUGCCAAUCGAGGCUAUCGAGGUCAAUGAAAAGUUAUCAUAUGAUGAAAUUCCGGUCGCUAUUCUUGAUAGGCAAGUCCGAAAAUUGAGAAACAAGGAAGUUGCUUCAGUUAAAGUGCUAUGGCAAAGUCAACAAGUCGAGGAAGCCACGUGGGAAGCGGAAAGUGAAAUGAAAGAAAAAUAUCCCCAUCUGUUUGAACAAGUCUAG